GAUUGUUGAAUGUUGAUGCGUUUGGUAUACCUGAGAUCAACAGAAAAUACAACAACAGCAGAUUAAUACAAGGAUAUUAUUGAUACAACAGCCACUGAGAAAUAGCAGAAGUGAGUUUGAAGUUCGGAAACAGAUUCGUUCGUUCAGCUGUUGUGGAUGCUCGUAUCCUUGCAGCAACUGGUGUGAGAUCGCUACAUAUAUACUACGUAGUUGGCUGAGAGAGAAGGUCAUCGGAAGCCUGCGGAGCCGGCGUACAUACACCAAAUCCUCCUCCGUAUCUUCUGAGUGUGCAGUGUGGUGUGAAGAGGGCCGGAACGGAACCAAGUCGCGCUGGAAAGGACACGAGAAUUUGUGGUGUGCAGAGCGAGUGCGAUUUUGAUUUGAUUUGAGUUGCCUUUUUUUUUAUAUGCGAGAGGGUGUAUGAUUUUUGAAGCGAGAAGUGUUCUUGAGGUGUUUCCGUUUGCAAGAGCUUUUGGGACGACAGUGUUCCAGUGAGCAGAAAUACGACAACCGAACGAGUGUUAUUCGGGAUAGAGAAGAAAGAAGUGCGAGGCUCUGUAACAGCGCGUGGCUAACGGACAUUUUAAAUGUAAGGGCCCAAUCGUAAACCAUCAACCAAACAACGUCUGCGUGAAUGCGAAGCGUGCGAGAGUUGAUUAAGUGGAUAAUCAGAACGAAUGCGACAAGUCAAAAGAAAUUGAAAAAAGUGCGGAAUUAAUAGUAAUUGUGUUUGUAAUUUUUCUAUAUAUCGCUAACUGCUGAACGUGUAGUUAACAAGGCUCAGCUGGCAUCAACUGCAGGAAAGGAAAAAAAUGUCUAUCGCAGUGAUCCAACUGGAGGAGGCCAACAAAUUGUUGGAUUUCUCCCAGAAGCUCGACAUAGCCCUGCUGGAUAAUGUGGUGGAGUGUUUAUACAACAGUACGGGAGAGCAACUGCGUGUGGCCCAAAACAUCUUAACCACCUUAAAGGAACAUCCGGAUGCGUGGACCAGAGUAGACAGUAUCCUCGAAUUUUCACAAAACCAGCAAACCAAAUUCUAUGCUUUGCAAAUCUUGGAAGAAGUCAUCAAGACUCGCUGGAAAAUUCUGCCACGCAAUCAAUGCGAAGGUAUCAAGAAGUAUGUCGUGGGUCUGAUUAUUAAGACCUCACAGGAACCAGCAGUUAUGGAGGCCAACAAGGUCUAUUUAAACAAGUUGAACAUUAUAUUGGUUCAGAUUUUGAAACGUGAAUGGCCCAAUAAUUGGGAAACCUUCAUUGGCGACAUCGUUGGAGCGUCAAAAACCAACGAAACCCUUUGCCAUAACAAUAUGGUUAUUUUGCAACUUCUCAGUGAAGAAGUAUUCGAUUUUUGCGCUGGACAGAUAACACAAACCAAAGCAAAGCACCUUAAGGAUACCAUGUGCGCGGAGUUUUCCCAGGUGUUUUCACUUUGUCAGUUUGUCCUUGAAAAUUCUUUAAAUGCUCCACUAAUUUCUGCAACAUUGGAAACAUUACUGAAAUUCCUUAACUGGAUUCCACUCGGUUAUAUCUUCGAGACAAAGCUUAUCGAUAUGUUGGUUUGCCGUUUCCUUACUAUUCCUAUGUUCCGAAACAUUACGCUGAAAUGCUUGUCAGAGAUAGCUGGUUUGCAACUGUCCAACUAUGGACACAUUUUCGUAUCUAUGUUCAAGCAGACGAUGGAGCAGUUUGAUGUCAUGAUCCCGGCACGAACCGACUUGAACCAGAUCUAUAUGAAUGGUUCCGAUGAUGAGCAAUGCUUUGUUCAGAAUCUGGCCAUGUUCUUAUGUACCUUCUUGCGAGUGCACUCGGCUCUGGUCGAGAAGCGCGAAACGAUGGACACCGUUCUUAAGGCGCUCGGGUACCUGGUGAUGAUCUCAGAGGUAGAAGAUGUUGAAAUUUUCAAAAUCUGUCUCGAGUACUGGAGCAGCCUCGCCUCGGAACUGUACAAGGAAUCAUACAACUCGAGCCAACGUCGUACUUUCUACGCAAAAAUUCUGUCCAAGGUGCGCUACAUCAUGAUCUCACGGAUGGCCAAACCAGAAGAGGUGCUCGUCGUCGAGAACGAAAACGGCGAGGUGGUACGCGAAUUCAUGAAAGACACCAAUAGUAUUAAUCUAUACAAAAACAUGCGCGAAACACUCGUCUAUCUGACCCAUCUGGAUUACGCUGACACUGAGCGUAUCAUGACAGAGAAACUCUGCCACCAGGUCAAUGGGACAGAGUUUUCGUGGAAGAAUUUGAACACCCUUUGCUGGGCCAUCGGUUCCAUAUCCGGUGCCUUCUUCGAGGACGACGAAAAGCGGUUUUUGGUCACAGUGAUCAAAGAGCUGCUCGGACUUUGUGAACACAAGAAGGGCAAGGAUAACAAGGCAAUCAUCGCAUCGAAUAUCAUGUACGUGGUUGGUCAGUAUCCCCGGUUCUUGCGCGCUCACUGGAAGUUCUUGAAAACGGUGGUGAACAAGCUGUUUGAGUUCAUGCACGAAACUCACGACGGCGUCCAGGACAUGGCCUGUGACACGUUCAUUAAGAUCGCUCUUAAGUGUCGGCGUCAUUUCGUGCAGCUGCAGCCGAACGAGUCGUGUACCUUCAUCGAAGAAAUUCUAGUCACGAUGAGCACGAUUAUCUGCGAUCUUCAACCGCAGCAGGUACACACCUUUUACGAAGCUGUUGGCUAUAUGAUUUCUGCCCAAGUUGAUCAGGUUCAGCAAAAUAUUUUGAUUGAAAAGUAUAUGAUGUUGCCGAAUCAGGUUUGGGACGAGAUUAUUUCUCAAGCAACCAAGAAUGUGGACAUUCUGAAAGAUAUGGCAGCAGUGAAGCAACUCGGCAGCAUACUGAAAACGAACGUCCGUGCCUGUAAAGCACUCGGUCACGCGUACGUAACCCAGCUGGGUCGAAUAUACUUGGAUAUGCUGAAUGUUUAUAAAAUAAUGUCGGAAAAUAUUACACAAGCUAUUUCGCUGAAUGGACCUUCCAUUAACAACCAACCAUUGAUCAAGGCUAUGCAUGUCGUGAAGAAGGAAACCCUGACUCUGAUUUCGGAGUGGGUGUCCAAAUCGAGCGAUUCUCAAAUGGUUAUGGAGAACUUCAUACCUCCGCUGUUGGAAACUGUCCUGUCCGACUAUCAGCGUACCAAGGUUCCUACUGCUCGUGAGCCGUUGGUCCUUAGCACGAUGGCUUCAAUCGUAAACAAACUGCAGGCGGUGAUAACUCCCGAAAUUCCCAAGAUUUUUGACGCCGUGUUCGAUAGCACCUUGGAUAUGAUCAACAAGAAUUUCGAAGACUAUCCUCAACAUCGAACAAACUUUUACGAGCUCCUGCAGGCCGCUAACACACAUUGCUUCAAAGCGUUCCUAACGAUCCCUCCGAACCAGUUUAAACUGGUGUUCGAUUCCAUUGUGUGGGCGUUCAAACAUACGAUGCGCAACGUUGCUGAUACGGGAUUGAAUAUCCUGAUGCAGAUGCUGCAAAACUUGGAGCAACAUCCUCAAGCAGCACAGAGUUUCUACCAGACAUACUUCUCCGACAUCCUGAUGCAGAUUUUCUCGGUGGUCACGGACACCUCACACACAGCUAGCCUUCAGAACCAUGCAACGAUCUUGGCGUACAUGUUUUCGCUAGUGGAAGCCGGACGGAUCACCGUGAGCCUGGGUCCAUCGCCGGAUAAUGUACUCAACGUUCAGGAGUAUGUGGCCACGCUGCUAAAAUCGGCUUUCAGUCAUCUGACGGACAACCAGAUCAAGAUUUUUGUCACCGGCCUGUUCAAUCUGGACCAGGACGUACACGCAUUUAAGGAGCAUUUACGAGACUUUUUAAUUCAGAUCAAGGAGGUGUCGGGUGAAGACGAUUCGGAUCUCUAUCUGGAGGAGCGCGAGAAUGAGCUGAAAAAGGCACAGGAGGAAAAGCGAAGACAUUUGAUGACGGUGCCUGGUAUGAUGAAUCCCCAUGAACUGCCAGAAGAAAUGCAGGACGAGUAAGCUUUUCUUAAGCUUAGUUAGGCAGGCGGAUGUGUACAGCUUCCGGUCAGAUUGGAAAUUGGAUUGUUGUGAUGUACUAAUCAAUGAUAAUGGAGCACUGAUUAUAAUGUUCGAUUCGAAUAAGUGCGGAGAGAGCAAUCUUUGUAAAUUGGCGGGUUAGUGCGUGUUGAAUGCAGAAGAGGAGUAAUUUGAAUUCUAUGUUUCUCGGUUCUUUCUUCGGAAAGAAGUUUUUUUUUUAUUUUCAAGCAAUAAAAUGGAAUAAGUUCAAAAUAAACUAGUAGUUCCAUCAGAUAAAUGGUGUAGCAUGCAAGUAGCGCUAUACAGUCACGUUCGCAACCAUUAUUCACGUAAUAGAGAGCAGUACACAUUCAGAGGUUUUAUCGUUCAAUAACAUUAACUGAGCCAAAAAGCAUAAACAGCAAAUCACCCGAAAACUCAAAGGUUAAUAGAUAUAUGAAAAACAAAAGCCAGCGAAUCCCAGUAAUAGCAAUUCAGAAAUGAGAUACAACAGUUCCGUCAAAAAGUUCGAUAGUUUGCGUAGAUUGUUGCGAGACAAAAGUAUAUUACAAAAACGCCGAAAUAGUAGUAGAAAGCAGUUUGUGUGAGGUUGAUUUUUUCUUUUAAACAACUUAAAACAGGAAGAUUAUAAUUUUAAAUCCUUAUUAACGGCUAACCUAUAAAACGCGAGCAAUUCAAACUCUUAUCGAUUGUUUGCCAGUAUGUAUGCAGAGUUCGGUUUAUUUUGUUUUAUUUAAAGUUUUGCAAAUCAAAUUUAUACAUUUUAUACACUUUAAAAGCGUGAUAAAAGAUUUUGUUCAGCUAAAUACAGUGGUCUGAUGUGAUUUGUUCAAGAUGGCAGCGAGUGUUAGGAAAGGAUCUUUUCCUAACAUGGCAGCGAGUGUUGGAACCGUUCCGUAUGUGUUGAGCAAAUUCGAUGGAAUAAAGUAAUAUGAUCUAAGUGGGUAAAACAUUCGGUAUGGAACGAAAACGAAAAAGAGCGCGAAACGGUUCAUGCAAAUGGAAGAAAGUCAUAGCGGGACUUUAUGCUGAACGUAUAGACAUAGUGUUUAUUAUAAAGUAGAAACCCCGUAAUGGGACAGUAACAUUUGAACAACGGCAUGAAAAUUGAUUAAAUGCAAAACAAAAAAUGGCAGAGUUAAGCACUAAUAAUUUAUAAGAAGUAAGAAUUUUGAAUAUUAGUAGCGAAUACAUCGUGAAUAAGCGUGUUAUAGAGCAAGUUGAGUAACAAACAGAAGAAGCAAAAUGCUUGAAUAAACAUUAUCCUGGUAAAAACGACAACAAGGAACCGAAGUAACAAAAAACUGUAUGCGUGUUUGAAUGUUUGUGUGCAAAUCUUACAGAAAAUGAGGCGAGAACUUUAUUUACGAAUAAAGUAAAACAGAACACUCAGUACUCUUAUAAUUUCUCGCGACAAAAUCAUUUAGAGCAAAGAUACAAAAAUGAGGAAGAAAACAAAUCGUAUAUGUUGAAAUUCAAUCGCGUGGCAGCACGACGACUUGUAGAUCGUUUUGUUUGGACUAAGAAAUUAAAUUACAAAAAAAAACCUGCAAAUCGAAAAAAAAUGAAUAAAACCAGAAUCAUUUAUUAUCUCAUGUAGGUCGUAA